AUGGCAGUCGGUGGCCCACAACAACAUAAUAUUCCUGCAGAGAUCGUGCCAUCUCAAUCGCCAAUGCGGCAAAUACAAGAUGUACAUUCACGUCUGUCGAUGAACACAUCUGGGCGCAUCACCCUGGGGUCAGCCAUGGCGGCUGCAGUCGGCCUGUCGCUUGGGGCUACGCAGGGUGGACAGACGGCGCAGCUUCGAUUCCGGGCCGAGCACGCCCACAAAAUGCCCGACUCAACCACGGGCUGGUACCUGUAUCACAAGACCAAGAACUACCACACCAUGUACGGCGGUGUCCGUGAGGGAGUCCGCAUGGGAAUCCGCACGGGCUUCUGGAGCUUCUUGGCCUUGUCGCUCGAGAGCACAGUUGACCGGUGCCGUGGUGCUAGUGACAUGUUCUCAACCAUUAUCGCGUCGCUGACUGUGGCUGGCGCUUUCUCCUUAUGGCAUCGCUUUCCGAUAACGACGGCAGCUCGGACGGCACGCUCAGGUUUCCUAUUUGGCCUCGUGUAUGGAAGUGUGCAGGAUAUACUCGGCCUAGCCCAGGGCAGACCAGUCGGGUACAUUGAGUUUUUCCGGAGGAGGCGGGGGGGAGCAGCAGAGUCAGGCCCCGGUUCACAGACCGCCCCCGCAAAAACUGGGCAUGACAAUAUAUCUGUGUCUGCCGGAGAGACUCUGAGUACCCGUAGUCAAGGCAGAUGA